AGUUUUAUCCAUUCAAAACUUUUGUGUGUUGCGCAAGCACAGAGAAAUGGUGGCAACAAUGGGAGUUGCAUUACACAGUCACACACAGAUACAGUUAGAGAAACGUGCGAUAGAGGGGUUUGCUUCAAAAUCGAUGGAAUUGAAAUGGGUAAGGAGAAGAAUAAGCAAAAUCUCACAGCCUGAGAAGAGCCUUUUCCCAAUUUUCAUUUCCACCGACCCACGCCACGUCGAUCCUCACCUUCUUCGAGACCUCUUCGCCGAUUGCAAUCACUCUUGCCACAGAUUACCGCACCAACGCGAAGCCGUGGAUAUCCAAAAGCUUCGCAUAGCUCUGUGUCACAGUGCCGUGCUUGUCUCCGUCUUCUGCAAACCUCACCAUGUAAACGUUGUUGCUGAUGCUAAUUACUCUUCAUCUUCAAUCUUGCCUGUGCCGGAUUUCCUCACGCCGGUUUCUCCUUCCGGCGAUCAAUUAGUGGGAUUUGGUCGUGCAGUUUCCGAUUAUGGUCUUACUGCUUCUAUCUACGAUGUCAUGGUUAUUCCAUCCCUGCGGAGACUGGGAAUCGGUCAGAUGAUAGUUAAAAAAAUUGUGAGAAUGCUUACAAAUAGAGACAUCUAUGAUAUAGCAGCCCUUUGCUCAGAGAAUGAAAGGUUAUUUUUUAAGGCAUGUGGAUUCGGAGAUGACAUUUUGGGUUCUACUACCAUGAUGUACACGAGAACUGCUUCAUUAACAUCCCAGGAAGGUGAACAGAGCGUUACUCGUGCAGGCUGAAAGCUAUUGUUGGUUCCACCUCUUCUUGAGGGACCCUACGAAUCUUCAAAAACCAUAGUGUAAAAGAGAGUCAAGCUGCAUUAUGUAAUCAGCAAGCAAAACCAUGGUUGUUGUCUGAUCAACUAUUGGAGGUUUGACUUUGCCAUUGUUUAUGUAAUUCUUAGUAGAUGUAAAUUCAAUUGAUAGGGAAAUGGGUAAAUUGCAAGAUCUUUUGCCCAUUCUUUCAGUGCAAAUGUGGAUAAUGUUGUGGCUUCUGGAAGCACAUAUUUUUGUACAGAGCACAUCCUAGUAAACUGCCAAUUUUUUUUUUCUGUCUAAAGAUUCAUGUCUACUCGUCAGUCCAUUAACGAUUUUUGUUUCAUCAAAUUAAUCUCUUCAAAACAUAUCCUUACAAAGACUAAAGUGGCAAUACAAAAGGAUAAAUUUGACUCUUGAGAGACUAAUUUGAUAACCAAAAUCUUCAGAGAACUGUUGUAAUGUGGAAUACUGAUUAUAUUAUCAUCAACAAUAUUCUAUGGUCUAGUUUUCUUAUGUGCUAAAGUUUUUACCUCCGCGUAUGAAAAUUAACCCACCUUUUUUUUUCCGGUCUAAAAAAAUUAACCCACCCAUGAGUGUAGCGGAUUCCUAUCUAGCCAUGAUGCACUCCACAAGGGGGCUAAAAAAAGUUGGCAUAAGGGUGCCCCCAAACGAUGUUUAGGUAUAAGAAUUUUCUGAUAUCAAAGUAAAGGAUCCUUUUAAAUACUGCAAAACACGUUUACUUCAUUUCAUCUAUUUUCCUGCGCCACCCUUAUCUAAAGAAGCUUACAGGAGACAACAUCGCAUUUUCCUUUGCUAAACUUUCUAUGGGGAUUAUAUGGGUGGAGGUUUGCUUGAUAUCUGCACAUGGACUCCAGCAUUCAACCUCACUUUGGAAACGUCAAUGGUUUGCUGUUGGGUGGAUUGAUGUUGACACCAAAUAUUGCACCAAAGUUGUUGAUUCUGGGAGUGCAAACCCAGUUUGGAGAACAAAGUUUGCCAUUCCUGUUAAUGACUCAGCGCCAGACAUCCAAAAGUUGGCUCUGAACGUGGAAGUUUACAGCAUAGACCCCAUAUUCUUCACGGAGAAGUUUCAUGGCUCAGCAAUUGUUGCUCUCAAAGAAUUUCUUGUCAAGAAGGUAAAGAAUUCUGAGGUGUCAAAACCAAGGCAAGAGGAAGUUGGAAGCUACAGAUUACGAAAAAAGAAAUCCAGCAAACCAAGAGGUUUCAUUGAUAUUUCAAUUCGUAUUUCUGAGGAAAAGGAAGAGCCAAAUUCCCACCCAGGUGUAUGAUUAUUUCAUAACCUAUAGGCAAAUUGCCUUUCAGCUUCACUGUUGCUGUUUUGUUAUCUGCAUUUUGUAUCUUAUUUUCUCUUAUUCCAAUAUGAUUUAUAAUGGGUUGGUUAAUUUGAUAUGAAGUUUACCUCUAGCUUUUUUGGAAAAUUCUAAUCUUGAACCUGGGCUUUGAAUUUGUUUUGUAGGUAGCAAGGAAGGAACAGUGAUCUUAGAUGAUUGCUACAGUAGCCAAUCGACAACACAGGGAGGGUUAAGGCAUGCCUACCCGGAGAAGCCUCAAGCUUCAAUCCAUCAGCCAGAAAAUCAUGGACUAGCAAACUUCCCAGACUCCCAUUCAACGCCCUUCACUUCCACCAACUAUUCUGACCAAUAUGUGGGUGAACCAAGCUACUAUGAGGCUACUGGAUCAAGCUAUCUACUGCCUAGAACUAGAACACCUCGACCCCCAUCCCCACCCUCAAAUGUUGGUUAUAUUCCCACUUUUCUUCCAAGAAAUGAUGGCUUCCCUCCAAGCUACACAGACAUGCCCUCAUACAUUGGAGCCCCCAGUCAGAGUAUACCUCCAGGUUUUGCAAUGGGAAUAGGGGCUGAGGCAUUGGCAGCUGGUGCUGUGAUAUUUGGUGAUGACUUCAUGUCAGGAUUUGAUGUUCCUUCAGACCUAGGAGAUGCUCCUCUUAACAUAGGAAUCGAUCCUCCUUUCUGAACAUGCAUUAAUCAGCUUAAGUAAUCAUAUUUGGAUGGAUAAAGCCUACACUAAGAGAUUAUUUGAGAACCGGUUAUACACUAAGAUUAUUUGAGGUUUUGGAGGAGAGUGGCAAGGAGGGAAAACUUUGUAUUUUAAAUAAAUAUAUUUUAAUUUAAUAAUGUUUUAAAUUAGUGUUAUAAAACAUUAUAACCAUGUAUUUAUUCUCAUAAAAAAAUAUAUAAUUUUGUUAAAUUUAAAAAAAAAAAAAAACUUCCUUUCCUAUUUUCUCCAAAAACUCCCUUGUGAACAACCCCUAAAGGAAGUAUUAGUUUUGCUGAUGGGUCUGAAAGAUCAAGUCAUUUAUUAUUUUUCUUUGUAACUGGCAAUAUUUUCUCUCAGUAAGAACUUAUCUUUCAAUAGCUUCAUGCUAAUAUCUUUUACAAGGGUAGUUAAUAUCAAAAUCAUGGAUCAUGAACUGUUCAAGAUCCAGUCUAUUAAUAUUUUUAUUGUAUAAUAAUUUUAAAAAACUGCAAUUAAAUAAAUUGAAUGCCUGGUUCAUGUACUGCACUCCCUGCAGUUUAUCCACAUCCCAAAAUCAAAUACAUUAUUUAAGAACACUUGUUAAAUGAAGUCUUUGUUGCAUCCAAGAGACAUCUCUGCCAGGCUAAAUGGCCAAUGGUAUAAGUGGAUUUACAAAUCUUUGAAGCAGGUAACCUAUAAAGAGGAUUUCAUCUUGUACUAUGGCAGGCUAGCAGCAAUAUAAUAUAACAUAGAAUUAUAGGUUAUUGCUUACAGCAUUUUUCCAACUGCUAGACAGAGUCAGAGAUCAUCCUGCUUGAUGAAUUUAAUGAGUAUGCAUCGAUUCACCUUCAAUGAAUCUUUAUCCAUCCGAUAAAACUGCAAAGAGGGUCUGCCUAUAUAAUAUGUAUCUUCUUCUAUGAAAUAAAACAGGAAACUGUAGUGGUAAAAAUUUCAGAUUACAGCAGAUUGUGCAUAUUGUUCGUUCGAAUCACCCACUAAUCUCCUUAGGAAGUUUUCAACAAUUGAAAUAAACUCCUCCACUUUUUCUUCAUGGGGCAGAUGGCCACAUUGCUUAAUUACUUCAAAAGAUGCUGCUGGUAUGACUCGUGAAAGUCUCUCAGCAUUCCAUGAAGGGACCAGUCGAUCAGUGUCACCAGUUAUAAUCAGAACUGCUUCAGUCAAAACAAUUAUGCUCAAUAUUCAAUUCAAAUCUAUCAAGAAGGUUUUAGCGGAAAGAGAUACAUGAUACAACAUGAAUCCAGGAACAAGAAUCAACCAAAAACAAUGCAUGGACAUG